GCCGGGCGGGGCCCGCGGGCCGCCGGCAGCGCUCACCCGCGGGGCCCGGGGCCGGCGGCCGCCGCCAGGAGGCGGCCGGAAGCGGGAGGGCGGGACCCCGCGGCCGUGCGGGGCGCGUGCUGACGUGGCGGCGACGGCGGCACCAUGCGGAGCGGCGGCGGCGGCGGCCCGGACGGCAGGCCUGGACAUCACAGGCAACAGAAGGUCAAGAGGUCUCUGGGAAACAAAAGGUCUAAGCACUUUGAGGAGGUGGAAACUACUGUCCUAGGACUGAGCAGUAACUGCGAUGAGACAGGCAGCAGCGUGUCUUCCGCCUCACCACAGGGUCGAGUGAACGGAAGUGCAGAGUCCAGAAGCAAGCGGGCCAUUCGCAGGCCUGCUUACUGGUUGGAAACGAGAGGAGUAAAAGCCAGCAUUAACAAAUCUUCAGAAAAUAAAGGAGAAGUACUAUUGAAAGGCAAGAGGAAGUCUGAGCAAGGGGAAGGCGAAGAUCUUCCGGACUCUCCCAAGAAGAAGCAGAAGAUUUCUGGAAAAAACCAGCAAGCUGGAACGCAACAGAACUCCAGAGCGAAAGGCCCCUGUGUUCAGAAAGAACCAGAAACCUAUGGCCCAGGUAGUAUGGAAGAGCGGUGGUCUUUGGAAAUUCAGGACAAAGGCCGAGUUACCUGCCCAACAUGCCGGGCUGUGGUGAGGAAGACUGUAGAAGGACUGAAGAAACAUAUGGUAAAUUGCAGGCAGGAAAUGUUCACAUGUCAUCACUGUGGGAAGCAGCUGAAGUCUUUAGGAGGGAUGAAAUACCAUGUCAUGGCAGACCAUAACAAUCAGCCAGUUGUGAAGGAGGGAGGAGAACUGGAUGAGCAGCUUGAGCGAGACCGCCUUCGGAAGGUUUUGAAGCGUAUGGGAAAACUCAAGUGUACGAGGGAGGGCUGCACAGGCAGCUUCACGACCAUAAUGGGAUACCUGUAUCAUGUUAAAAAAUGUGGGAAGGCUGCUUCUGAGCUGGAGAAAAUGGCUAUGAAGUGCCAUCACUGUGGAAAAGCAUACAAAUCAAAGGCAGGACUUGUCUACCAUCUGCGAUCUAAGCAUGGGCCGGUCCCUUUCCUCCAUGAGGAGAGAAGAACAGAGAGCCUGAAGGAAAUCAAAGGUGAGCCAAACAACACGGGCAGAGUUCAGAGGAGAUCUGCAAAGGCGGCAAUCUACUAUCUCCAUGAGCUAGCUGGAGAAGAGCUGGCCAGAGAGUGGCCGAAGAGAAAAGUUCUGCAGGACUUGAUUCCAGAUGACCGGAAGCUGAAAUACACUCGUCCCGGACUGCCCACCUUUAGUCAAGACGUGCUGUGCAAAUGGAAAACGGAGAUAAAGAUGUACCGAAGAGUCCACUGCCCAAAUCAGGGUUGUGAGUCUGUAUACGGCAGCGUCUCGGGACUCAAAUCUCACCUCGGCACGUGCACCUUGGGAGACUUUGUGGCUGGUAAAUACAAGUGUCUCCUGUGUGAGAAGGAGUUCGUUUCAGAGAGUGGGGUCAAGUAUCACAUCAACUCUGUGCAUGCUGAGGACUGGUUUGAUGUGAACACAACUACCACCAAAAGCUUUGAGAAGCUAAUGAAAAUCCGCCAGAGAGAAGAGCAGAGGAAGCAACGGAAGAAACAUCCUUUGACCCGGGGCAAAAAGAAGAGUACUGGGACCCUGGCUGCUAAGAAGCUCCCCGUUGCUGGAGUUGAAAAAACGAGAAGUAAGAGAGGUCGUCCCCGGCGGGUGGACAAUGAGAGCGUGAGCAGUGAGGAGGGGCAGCCACAAGUUUCACGGAGAGCCAAAUUUCCAAAAACCAGCCGCAAGCGAGGCCGGAGUAAAGCCCUAGAAGAAGAGCAGGAGCAAUCCUAAAGCUUCUCAGUGAGAAGCCCCACUUGUGUCACGCUCAUAACCCACAGCGCUAAUAUGAGCAACUGAAUGUCUUUGGGACUGUGACUCCGUUCUGCUCAGUGACCUUGAUUCUGAAACUGUUGCCUCUGGUCAGUUGUGGGAGACUUCAAACCAAAGCUGCGGUAGGGAGGCUGCCUCUCCUGGUGCAGUUCCCUUGGACGGUGGCACUAGCAGGGCAGCCGGUGUAGUUCCUGCUCUGGUUGCAGUCUCAGUUUGGCUCGCAUUAGUUGCUUGUUUAGUGGUUUCCAGUACAGCAGCUGUCUGUUUUGUCGUCUUCCUCUGAUGGGUGAGAUGAGGGUUCUUUUCUAGCAGUUCUCCCUGUAAGGGACUGGCUAGCGCACCGUUUAGGUCUCAGUAAGUGGGGAACCCUUUCUUGCACAGUACAUACACAAACGAAGCAGUGCUGUGCAGAACGGAAAGGCUUUAGCUUGCCCUGGCAGUGUCCUGGCUGCUGUCAGCGAGGCUGCCCCCGAAGAGCAAAGGCCUUCCUAGCGUGUGCUCCAGCCUGUUGCGCAAGGCACCUUCUCUCCUUCCGUCGCUGGUGUUUAGGCUCAGCACCAGACAGCAGCACGUGAGCUCUGGUCUGCUUGGAAGUAGUUACCCUCGUCAGGAAACCAAUAUUCCCCUGGCAUCUGUCUUCUGUAGCACUGGGCGUUGAAUGUAUGUCAGGGGUCUUCAGUUCAAUGAGGAAUAAAUAAAUGCUCAGUUCAAGCAGAGUCUGCAGGGCCCAGAGCCAGGUACCGCUGCAGUUUGGCUGGGUCCAGGUCCAACAAGGGCAGGGGCAGGGCACUCAGGCUCCACUGCUCGCUGCAGCUCACCUCAUCCUACCUUGCCAGCCCUUCACUGUAAUCAGUAAUGCAGACAGUUAAAUAUUGAGCUGUUGCUGUCUCCCUGUGUUCACCUGCCACACUGGGCUGCCCCAGCUUAUUUGCCCAGGUCUCCAGCUUGAGAAAUCUGCAAAAUGCCUGUGCGCUGCCCUGGGCCCAUCUCCUGGUGGAAAGAAAGACACAAACAAGUGCAGCGGGAGACCUCAGGGCUCAGUAUGAGAGUUUGGCAGGGAGGAAACAUGGCAUGAUUUGAUGCCACACCUGAGUACACUGGUAGGAAACAGACAUUUUGUACAAAGAGAGCACAUGCAGUGGAGAAGUGUGUUUGCAAUGUCCAUCGCAGGGCUGAGCUGGAAAAUGCAAAGCCAGAUGAAGGCUGGUGGUUGGGAGUGACCCCAAGGCUAGAGAGGCAAGUUGUGUCUUCACACCCAGACGAGAACUCUUUGAAGUUCAGUCCUGCAGCUUCUCUGUUAGCCACCUCAGUGCCAGCACCCUAGUGAAGACAGGAACAGCACAUGGAAGCAGUAUGGCUACCUGUAAUUAUGUUCUGAGCAGGUUAGUGUGAUACUUCAGCUCUCCUCACUAAAGAUGCCAGUCUUCCAUGCAAAAAAAAAAAAGGAGAGAGGAGAGGGGAGGGGAGGUCUCCUGUCCUCAAGAUAGCACCUGUUCAAGGAGGUGGUGCAUAGAGGACUGGUGACACCUGAGAACAGGAGCAUCUUAGUCCACUCUGCCCUCCUCCUUAAGUUUUGCAAAGCAGGGACACAAAGGGCCCAGCCCUGUGCAGCACUUGCCACUCAAGUUGCAGCUGUGCACAGCAAAUUGCUCAGCCAGGCAGCAUGGGAAGGUGCACCAAGUAACUGACCUCAGCUUGUCCUGAUCCCCAGCAGCUGAAGGAGAAAUGUGGUUUGUGCCCUCUACUUGAAAGGGUGGGUGAGCCUAAAAGGAGAAAUAUAAUUUUCCUGGAAAAAAAAGAUAGGGGCAUUGUAACCAUAAAAGAAAAGCAUAAAGAAAGAAAAGGCAAACUGAAAGCACACCCAAGCUUGAGCUCUUCAAGCUGCCGUUAGAUUUUUCUCAGAGGCUGGUAAUUCAUGCCAGGAAAGGCACAGGUGCCAGGAGCCCUACUGCCAGGAGUGCUCUCCCCUGCUGCUGGUGACCUCCAGUCCCUCUCUUGGGAAGCUGCAAGAACAUCCCUGCACUUAUAUGCAUUGUGCAUGUGAAAGAGUGUCUCCCUAAGUCCUUCUGCAGCCUCUCCCCCACUUCUUUCAUACUGAGUAAUUUGGGAAAACUUCCCGUGUCAGGAACCCUAAGCAGUUCUCAGCAUUUGUGAGCAUGUAAAUAAAGUUUUACUGAUGUUUUUUUCUGGA